CAAACCCAGCCGUGCACUGCUACAAUGGCUCCGGCGGUGUCGCGACCGCCGUCCCGGUCCUCCCAAGUCUCCAGCGACGGUGAGGGUGACGACAUGGGCAGGCGCCCGUCUUCUCAGUGCGUUACGCCGCGUGUGGAGGGCACUGGACGCAGUGGAAGCCCCGUGCACCGGGCCAACCUGCCAUUCUCCCAGCAGAGCUCCCAACAACGUGUUCUUCCCUUGCACAAGCCCUAUGAAAACCUCAAGCAGUUCAUGAAUGGCGAAGCGUUCGGGCCAUGUCUAAGCGAUCCAAAUGUGAAAGAAACCGAGUCCAGGCCUUGCAAGCUGAGCUCUAUGUUUGUUCGUGGCUUCUCCAGAGGAGUUUGAAGAUUUAGGAAAGGAAUUGCACAGCCAGGAUAGUGAAACGACAUGAAACAACCUUGGCUUGAACGAUCUUGAACGCCUUGGAGCCAUUGGUUGGAAUGUCAUAUUUUAUAAUUGACCUAUAUUGGUCGAAUUUGGCAACAUGCUUCCCUGAGUGAAAAGUGAAUGGGAACCCCGAAAGAAUUGUAGAGAAGAAAGCCGCUCUAAUUGGAUCAUGAAGAGAGCCACUCAGGACACUCCAGUAACGCCAGAACACCCAAAGGCCACUUUCUUUUUUGCAUUGUUUGAUUCUUUUUGCAAAAUUAGAUCUGCACUGGGAGCAUCAGAGAUCCGCCGGAAAGCCAGGAUGUUUGAAUGUUGUGCUCAGGUUUUCU